AUGGUGUUGCUCCGAGAUGCACUUUUGCCAUUCAAGAACUUCGAUGAAGUUGUCAUCCCAAUCCCUGGCGGAAAAGGAAAGCAGCAGUUGGGCAUGAGGCAUACGGAGCCACAUUGGAUGAGCUUUAUCGCCGAGCUCAUGACAAAGUUGACGACUCAGAAGUCGGUUCUGAAGGUCGCGCAGUCUCUUCUUGGGCCAAAGUUGGCUGCAGAGAAUGCUUACGGCUUUCAGUAUGAACACAGUCUCGUUCUGCCUGAAGCAGCUGUGGGAGGCCAGGCUCUGCGUCUCUUACGCUACACCCCUGCCGUCGUUGAUGACACCACUCCGGAAGUGACUUUCGAGUACGGGUUUGCAGAUUACUACACUGCUCCUCACAUCUAA